CCGUUAAGAUGGAGGAGAUCUCGUUGGCCAACUUGGAUACUAACAAGCUGGAGGCCAUCGCCCAGGAGAUCUAUGUAGACCUGAUAGAGGAUUCCUGCCUGGGCUUCUGCUUUGAGGUGCACCGGGCGGUCAAGUGUGGCUACUUCUACCUGGAGUUCGCGGACACCGGGAGCGUGAAGGAUUUUGGCAUCCAGCCAGUGGAAGACAAAGGAGCAUGCCGCCUCCCGCUUUGCUCCCUGCCGGGGGAACCUGGGAACGGGCCCCAGACGGAGCUGCAGCGUUCGCCUCCAGAAUUCCAGUAGUCACAGCCAUGAGAGAGGGCGACAGUGGCCAGGACAAUCAUGUAGACUGGUCCCGUGGCUUGGAGGAGUAAGCUAAGUUGGAGGUAGGGGGGGGGG